AUGGAAGUUGAAGAAGAAGAAGAACCAUGUUAUAUUCUGAGUAUUCCAAAUGAGUUACAACUUAUGAUUUUUGAUAAAAUGGAACAGCUGGAUAAGUAAGUUGUUUUUCAUCAACACAAUUUUAAUACAAAUCCUGUUUUUUCUAGAAUUUCUUAUGGAAAAACAUCACGAAAAUGUCGUGCAAUUUGGAAAGAAUCGAAGAGUUUAUUUGAUGGAAUUAGUUGGGAUAAUUUAUUUGACAGAAUUGUUUUAUCAGUCAAUGACUCAUAUCCAUUUAAAGGAAAUGGACAAUUCGUUAAAUUUUUUCCUAAUCACUAUGAAUUGUAAGUUUUUUUUUCAUUUAAAAGGAAGGUUGUGGAUUUUGCAGCGGCUCAAACGAUACAGACUUUAGACAACGCAAAGAAUGUAAAAACGGUUUUGAAAUUGCGGAGGAAAAAUUUGUGAAAACACUCGAAAAAUAUCAGAAUACUGUGAAAAGUAUUACGAUUUAUGAGGAAUGCAAUGUUAAUUUGCGAAAUAUUUCAAGUUUUCCCAGUUUGCGGUAUUUGAUUUUAAGAGACUGUCCAAAUUUUGUAAGAGAAGUUUUAUCAAAAUCUGUAAAUGCGUUGGAAUAUUUGGAGAUUUAUAUUGAUGCACGGGAUAACGAAAUAAAUUUGGAUUUACCUGAAAUUUAUCGAGUUUUCGAUUAUUUAUCGAUAAAUUUUGGGUUGACUCGUGAACAACUUUUCAAAUUAUCUGCAAAGAAUAUUAGAAUGCCGAUUGGAAAUUUGAAACCAGAAGAUAUUUUUGAAUUUAUCAAAUCUUGGCAAAAUGGAAGAAGAAAUAUAAAGUGCUGUGAAUGGGAAGAAUUGAAUGAUUUUGAUGCUCCAAAAUUUUUCGGAUUUUUCAAUACUCAAGUGAUCAAUCGUUAGUGAGUUAUCAAAAAAAUUAAGUGAAUGAUUUCGAACAAAAAUUCUUUCCAGCAAGCGAAUUACGAUUCGAGGAAUCGGAGGAAAAUCAGCAGAAAUAAUAUUUAGAAAGGGAAAGAGAUUGGAAAUUGAAGUUUUUGAAAAUCCACAGAAUAUUGGUUUCGAUGGUGAAGGAAGGUAUGAUAGAAUUUAUCGUUAUUCGUCUGGUGGUGAGUUCAUUUUUUUUUUUUUUGAAAAUCCGGAAAAUUUUUUUUCCAGAUAGUGAGUCCACAACUGAUAGUGAGUCCUAUACAACAAGUGAUACCGAUUCAGCAGAGUCAGAUUCUGAUUAA